GCUUGUAAAACAAUGCUGUGUUUCAUUGCUGAGGAGGACGCGCGAGGGACUCUCUCCCCUUCUCUCUCCUCAUUCCAAUUAUAUCCAGUUUACCUUCGGACCAGCCUGUAAUGGACUACUCCAGUUUUUCCUGCAGCUUGGAUGGAUUUUUGAGAAAGCCUCGCAUUUUUAGGUCCUUCCUCGGCUAUUUUCUCCAGUAAAGUCAGCAGAAUGGCUGAAAAGGAGUCCGAAUCGCCUGGGAAACUAAAGACACUAUUAUAGCCAAAUCUGGCUCCUUUUUCUCGGAUUAUUACCACCCGAACGGGCAAAUUCCGUCCAACAACUUUCCUGUCCGUGGAUAAUGGAUGGCAGAGAUUUCUGCUCUUCUCGAUCCGUUCACGUACCACCUCCGUUGUUGGCCGGGCUCGCCAUGGAGUCUCACCGACUCGGAGCUGCCGCUGCAGCCGGGAGGAUCCCUCCCUCUCCCGGUCACUUGGGCGCGAGCCACCCGCCGCCUCUCCACUCCGGAAAAUAUUUGCCAUCGGCCAUUAACCUACAUCCACACCACAGUGAUGCUUUCCCAGCAAACUCGGCUCCCUUCCUGUCAGGUUACCCAGGCCCCUCCCCCCUGACCUCUGACCCCGCGUACAGAUCGGCCAAUCCAAGCGGGUUGCAGAUGGCUCAGCUCUGGGCGUCGCACGCCCAUGAAGGGUACCCUCCUCUCCCCAGCAGCCUGUACUCCAGUCCGUACCUGUCUCUGGGACACCUGGAGACGUCCUCGCUGUCCCAGCACCCCCUCUACGACCCCCAUAAAGAUGGUUAUUUCCUGCAGUCCUCUAUGAGACAGUCUCCUCUCCACCCCCCAUCCGCCUCAUCGUCCACCCCGUCCAGUUCAACGCCCCCACAGAGACCAUCCCGGGACGGGGGUCGAGACCGGUCUCACCGAGGAGAGAGGGAGAAGGAACGAGACAGAGAGCAGCUGCGUGAGGAGCUCCGACCGCGCAGCGUGGUGGACCUGACGCAGGAGGGGCGGAGCGACGAGGACCGGCGAGCCAGCAGAGACCGGGACAGAGAGAGGGACCGCGACGCAGACCGAGAACGGGACAGGGACGGCUGGUCCUUCCAUCCCCACCAGCUGAGGUCCCAGCCAUCCACAGGGGAGCCCAGAUCUAGAUUUUCUCCCCGACAGACGACCGUCCCUCCUGGUGGGGGAGGAGGGGAGGGCCGGUUUCUUGGACCAGAAAAGGACAGACGGGGUCGGGACGAGGACGGUAACACUCAGUCCCACCACAACCAAAACUCUAAUAACUCUCACUCAGACCGGCAGAGGAGGAACGAGUCUGUGUCCACGUCAGCCGGGACACUCCACGUCUCCUACGUCCCCCCUCCUCCCCCCCUCCAGCCGUCCAGCUCUGGUCUUCCUCACCUCUCUGGUCCCAGAGAGUCCACCAGAGAGCAGCGAGUCAGCGCUACUACAUAUGUGCCUUCUGUGGAGGUUUACGACGAGCGGGUGGGGCCUAUUCAGAUCGCCUCGCAGGCCCGCGACAUCAGACACCGAGAGAGAGAGCUCGAACGGGACAGGGACAGCUUCAGGUUCCAGGAGAAGAACCUCGUAGAGCAUCCUCGUCUCUCCCUCACAGGCGACGUUGGCAAUCAAAGAGAAGAAGGUUCUGUUAUUUGUUCCAGUGGAUCCUUCAGUAAACGAGGUCCGGACACGUCUUCGUCCUCAAGUCAAUCACGGUUCAGCCCUGAAGCCAGGGACGCCUCCAAACACUUGAUACGAGUAGAGCAGAUGGGGGCGGAGCCUAAAUGGAAUGCCAUUAGCCCGCUGGCGAACUUCGCCACAAAUCACAUGGCUGCCCUGGCGGCUCAGCACGGACACACGCUGUCCUCUCCGCACAACCAGCACGUCCAGAAGUCCAGUUCCCCUCAGACGUCCCACAGACCCAACAGCUCCCAGUCCUCCCCCCAUACUCACCCCUCCCAACACGGGCGAGCGGGUGAGGAGGGGGGGCAGAAGCGCUACCUGGACCAGCCUGUGCUGUAUCGCCCCGGCGGGUCGCUCAUGGCGAGCGGAGAACGCGGAUCUGAUCCCCCGGAGGUCUCCGCCAUGCAGAGUCUGAUCAAAUACAGCGGGAACUUCCCCGCCGAAGGCCCCGUUUCUUCCAGGAACAUCGUGGAUGGACGGGGGCCCUUCGGCGGUCUGGCUAACAUCGGGACGAACUCUGAGAGGGACAAGGAGCGGAACAGAGACCGGGAGAAAGUGUCUGUCGUCGGCUCUGGAUCAACGAGAAUGCCUCCUCAGCUGAAAAGGGAGCAGGAGAGACCCGACAGCGCCCGCUCAUUUGGCCGGGAAGGGGACGGCGAGGUGCGACAUCCUCCCGUUGGGAUUGCCGUGGCGGUGGCCCGUCAGAGAGACAGUGGGAGUCGCGAUAAACAGACUGGCGGGGGCUCGGACUCCCAGAGACCCUUGCUGCAAACAACCAUCAAAGAUGAAGAGCGAGGUGAGGACCGUCCUCGUCACCACGACGACAGACUGCUGGCUGGCCGGCUGGAGCGGGAGGAUAAAGUGAUGAGGGAGUCCAAGAGUCUGUCCGAGUUUCCUACGAUGCACCCCGCCCCUCUGUCUGGAGGCCUGACCCCCAGCAUGAUGACACCAAGCCUUAUGAAUCCCAACCUCAUGGUCACUGGAGGUGCGGGGCGAUGGCCUCCCGACCCCUCAACCCUGACCUCUCACCCCUGGAUGGCCCGGUCUGGAGCCCCCUCCGUCUGGCUGUCCAGUUCUCCAUACGGCCUGGGUCCCUCCUCGAUCCAUCAGCCCCUCCCCCCAGGAUACCCCCCCUCCCUGCCAGGCUCCAUGCACCCUCCCUACCAGUUUGUCAGGGACCCUCAGACCAGCCAGCUGAUCGUCAUCCCCAGUGAGCACCUGCCACAUUACGGAGGGGACGUUCUGGAGCGCGGAGCCCCGGUGUGGUCGAGCGUGUACGGCACCAGCAGCUCCCUGCAGCACGCCGCCCAGCUGCAGCUCCUCUCGCAGCACCAGAUGAUCCGGCAGCAGGAGUUGUUCAUGAUCCAGCAGCACACAGCUCAGGUCCUCGAGCUCCAGAGGAACGCUCAGCUUGUUGAGCGCCUGAAGGCCAGCGAACAUCGGCCUGAGAUCGAAGACAAAGCAGACAAACGGAACGCGGACACCAAAACUCGUCCCUCCUCCAUAUCGUCCCCCUCACCUGUCCUGCAUCCCCGCAAACCUCCCCCUCCAUCUCGAUCGCCCACCCUGUCCACGUCUUCCCUCGCCCUGCUGCCUCCCGUCUCUUCUCCGGUGACCGCCCUCAAGUCGGAGGGGGGGCAGAGGGGGCUGUCUCGCUCACCAAAGCCCCUGAGUCUUCACCCGCCAUCUCCCCGCUCGGCCUCUCCCCCGCCCCGGAGACCCAAACAGGAAGUGGCGGAGGACGAGGAGGUGGUCCGCAGAGAGGAGCAGAAACCAGCUCCCGCUCCGUUUCCUGGCAUCUUCUCUGAUCUCCCUCCCGGCUACCCGUACCAGUCCGUCACAGCCCCAUACGGCUCCCCUUUCCCCCCGUAUCGCAUCCCACCACCAGCCACAGGAGACCAUUCCUGCUCUCCUCCUCCGGCUGCUCCUCUACCCACAGCUCACCGCCGCUCGAGGCUUUUAGGAGAACACGCCAAACCACAGAAACCAGAGCCAUCAAAGAACGCUUCUUUCCUUAAACAGGAGCCCGUCGAGGACCCCCCUCAGCCUGAUGAGAUGCCAGAGCCGCGCGGCUCGCGUCUGCAAAGCUGCAGUCCGGAUCUAACCGGUAGAGGUGUCGUCGACGUAGCUAGACGAGUCCCUAAAGUCCAAACCCAACCGCUGCCUCUGCUCGUCCCCAGUCCUCACACUCAACAAGGCCAAGAAGACAUUAGGAAGGAGCCCGAGGAAGGAGGUCCAGUUAAGACAGAGGUGUCCUCGUGCUCGUGUCCAGCGAGUUCUCCUGCGUGUGCUGGAGCUGAGUCAAAACCACGUCUCCUUCAGGAACCAGACCAGUACCCCCCAGCCACCGCUGCUGCACACCUGGAGAGCCAGGAACAGGAGUGUGUGUCGCUGGAGGAACCCACCAGCUCUGUGUGUGAGCAGCCUCGCACUCCGGUCCUUUCCCCCUUUCACCCCGAAAGCUCCUGCGAUCCUCCUCCGUACCCUCCCCCGAUCCACCUCUCCCCACUCCUGCUGGCCGUCGGCCCGGAGGAUCCCAUGGGGGGGAUGUUUGCACUCAUAACUGCCAGCGAGAUGGCCCGGCCCAGGACUCCACCCGCUCCGACGCUCCUGCCACAGGUGGAGCUUCCACCCGUGUGCACGGACUGCAGCGACGCUGGAGAUCUGGAGAUGGUGGCGCUGGAGGGGAUGGCCCUGCUCAGCCAGAUGGGUCCUCACGAGGCUAAGCAGACCCAGGAGGAAGAUCUAACUCUGGAGGGUUUAGAUUUUCUCCUGGAGGCAAGCAGACAGGUUUUGUUGGAGGCCAUAGAGGAGCAGUCCCACAUCCACCUGCUGAGAACUCUGGACCCCAACAGGAAGUACAGCUGGAGGCAGAGGAAGGAAGAGCCACUGUACAGUAAAAUGUCCGUGGAAAUGUUGGACGCCGUGGAGGUGGAGUACCGCGUUCAGCUGGCCGAGCUUCAAAAGACCUUUAAGGAGAAGCAGAGGGAGCUGAGCCGGCUGCAGAGACGCCGGGACAAGCGUGAGCGGCAGCAGGAUGACGAGAGGAGGAGUCUGACCAGACGAGGACGGGGAAGACCCAGGAAGAGGAAACACUUGACCACACCUCCCAAACUGGACAGCCGGCCUGGAAAGGCGAGCCGGGCAGUGCAAUACUCUGAGGACUCUGAGGCAGGAGAAGGACAGAGGAAGAGGUUCCGCGUGUCCAGGGGUGAAGAUGAGAUGGAGACAGGAAGUGCGGGGCUAAAGAAGAGGAAAAACAAGAAGAGCUGGAACGACCAAGAGUCGCCCAGUACUCACUGUCUGGAGAUGCUGAAGGUGAAACGGGGCCUGGUCUGUGAGCAGGAGCAGCUGGCGUCCGACCUCGACAGGGCGCUCUCGCUCUCACGCCUCGGCUCUCUCGGAGGAACCCGAAAACUUUCCUCCAGCAGAAAAACGGAGAAGUCGAGUAAAGGUGCUGAAAGUGGACCGAAGGAGCAAGGCGUCCACUCGCCCGUUAAAGGAGGGAAACUCAAGAUGGGGGCAAAAGCGUCUGCUCCAGAGGCGGUCCGGAAGGUGAAAGGUCAGAAGAAGGCUGCCAUGUUCUCGCCCGUCAGGUCUGAGCUCAACAGCUGCUCCAACAACUCUGAUUCAGAGGAGAUCAUUUCCGCUCGAGGAGGCUGGCCUCCUCUCUCAGGGACGCGUUCCCAUGGCAGCCUGACCAGGAAGAGGCGGUCCACGUCGUCACCAACUUUGUUGCGGCCUGAUAAGAAGUCACAGAAGAAGAAACACAAGCACUUAUCGCGGCUGCUGGAGGAGGCGGGCCUCAGCUCCUCCGACGACUCCUUCGAUCAAGAGUCCUCAGACGAUGAAGAGGACGAGAGCGGCUCAGAGGAUGACAACAGUGAUGAUGAUGAAGAUGGCUGUGAGGAGAGUGGGUUGGGUCUGCUGGCCCGGUUUGCAGCGAGUGCGCUCCCUGCAAGCCCGGCCCCUCUGAGCCUCCUUUGUGAAGGCAAACCCUGCAGCAGGCAAAGCACUCUGGGUUCCCCAGAGUGUGAGUGGUCCGACUCAGGCUCAGACUUGAGGUUGAGGAAGUUCCCGUCUCUGCUGCACGGGAAGCGAGCCGCCCCCGAGCUCCCCCUCCUCCCUCCAGUGACUAGCCGUGUCGACCAGCCCAGCCCCAUCAAGCGGGACAAAGCGCCGCCUGGAAAAGACAAACCUCUGGCAAAGGCACGCCCCUCUCCUCGGUCAGCACGGAGAUUCAGCUUUGACAUAGCCGCCGGCGUCGGAGGCUUCAGUGAGGAUGAGGGCUGGAACCGCAGACGCAGCGAAAGGAUCUUCCUCCACGACGCCACCACCAGUACAACCAGUCAGAUGCCUGUUUCUGCCUCUUCCUCUGCCAGUCAGAGCUCCUCCAGCUCAGCCCCACCCCUCACCCCAAAGACUCCCUCCAGACCCAAGCCUACUCCACCCAGCCGGGAGGUGAAAGAUGUGCUCAAAAAGAAGAAGUUGAAGGACUCCCCGCUCCCCGUCAGCCCGUCCUCCCUCUGCAGUCCCAUCGGUGAGGGUCCUGCCCCGCUGAGUCUGAGCCCGGCACGCAAGAGCCAGUCCAAACCCAGAUGCAAAACCCGAGAGCUGUCCAGAGGAGCGGUGAGCCGUCUGAUGGAGAGCAUGGCUGCAGACGAAGACUUUGAGCCGAACCAGGACGGCAGCUUCAGCGAGGAUGAGCUGCUCCCGACACGGAGCAACAGCGUAUCAGAGCCGACCUCUACACUUGCCCCGGUCCAGUGUGUGCUGGAUAAGGAUUCUCUGGUGGACGGACUCAGAGUUCUGAUCCCGAUGGAGGACCAGCUGCUCUACGCGGGACACGUCAACACCGUCCACUCCCCGGACAUCUACAGUGUGGUGGUGGAGGGGGAGAGAGGAAACAGACCUCACAUCUACUGCCUGGAGCAGCUGCUGCAGGAAGCUAUCAUCGACGUAAAACCUCCGUCGGUGCGCUACCUCCCAGAGGGGACUCGCAUCGCCGCCUACUGGAGUCAGCAGUACCGCUGCCUCUACCCGGGUACCGUCGUUAACGGAAGUUCCGAUAUUGAUGAGAACGAUGAUCUCAUCACAGUGGAGUUUGAUGACGGGGACACGGGACGCAUUCCACUCUCCCACAUCCGACUGCUGCCGCCAGACUACAAGAUCCACUGUGCCGAGCCGUCCCCCGCCCUGCUCGUCGCAGGACCCUGCAGGAGGAGGGUUCGCAAAUGCAGCAAAGAGGCGGGAACUAAGCCAGAGGAGACCAUGCCCCGGACCAAGGGGAAGCCUGGUCGCAAACCCAAACCCAAACCAGAGUCUCCUGGAAGCCCGGAGGUUCAGGAGAAAGCUGAUGUCCUCUCCUCCUCCAGCCAGCCCACUGAGAGACUCCUGCCUCCAGCUAAGUCCGCACAGGACCGGACCACUUUGCUCCAGAAGUCCGCUCAGGAGAAAUCCCGACCAGCAUCCCGACCAGCGAUGGGAACGCAGGUGAAACCGGCUCAUAAGAACUCCACCCCGUCCUCCACGAGCACUACCGCGGCGCCAAAGAAGAGCAGCUCAGCCCAGCCUGCUGUUUGUAAACCCGCCCAGAACCUGCCCCCCUCCCUUUACCCGCCCACCUACGGGAAGGUUCUGACUGUAGACCUGUACAGCGAGCCCAACCUCAGCUCGUACGCAAGCCAGCGUAGAGAGCGGGAUGGUGGCAGCACCAUUAGUCCCGCCUCCAGCCGGCCCGUUCCCAGGCCCGGUAUGACGUCCAAACCGGGUGCUACGUCCACACCCAGACCCACGUCUGCUUCAUCUUCUAAAACCAUGCUGUCCUCUGACCACCGCCACGGCUCUGGACUCCUGCCCAACCCCCUCUCCAGGCUGACGUCCAGACCCUCGUCUUCUCUGUCCUCCAAACCCAAACUGAAGAUGCCAUCCGAGAUGUCCUCCAGAACCGUCCCCAAGCCAAAGCCCGGCUCUGGGUCGGAUCUCGGCUCCACGGUGAGACGGAAGUCCCUGCCCGCCGAGCCCCUCGUCAAGCUCGACCACGAGGGCGUCACCUCCCCGAAGACCAAGAAGACCAAGGCUUUAAUGCUGCUGGAAGGGCGGAGCAUCCGGAGAGACCACACCCCCAUCACCACAGCUAAUCAGAAGCUGCUAAAGCCCAAACCCAGAGCUCCAGAACGAGAGUCCAGUCGGCCCAACAAGGAGCCCGCCUACAAAUCCUCCCUGCUGGCUAAGGACAAGCUGGACAGCCAGAGGGGCAGGGGACAGGGGAUGGACACGAGAGACGAGAAGACUCAAGAGGAGAGAAAGGGGGUGGAGAAGAGAGAGGAGAGACGGAUGAAGGAGGAAUCUCAGAGCAGCAGCAGCUCGGAGUCCGAGGAGGAAGCUGAGAAGACAAAGAAGAAAUGCACCUCAAGCUGCUCCUCCUCCUGCUCCGGUUCCUCCUCAUCUUCAUCUUCGUCCUCCUCCUCCUCCUCGUCCUCAUCCACCGAUGACUCCUCCUGCAGCUCGGAUGAAGAGAGGACCCCGACACCUCCACCGGCGCCCGUCCCAAAACCCCCGGCACAGGACAAACCUAAAGAAGAUGUGAAGGAGGAGGAGAAGGAGGUGAAGGUGAAAGUAGAAGAGGAGGAGAUGUCUCCUCACUCAGAGGCACCCUCCCCUUCAUCUCCCCCAGCUCCUGCUGAGCCUUCUCCCUCUAAACCUGCCAAACCUGCCACUGGGAAGCGCUCCGGGCAGAGGGGGCGCCCCCCCAAACCGAAGCCCAGCGGAGAGGAGGGGAAGGCAGGGAGGCCCAAGAGGAGAGAGGGGGUCCACCUCCCCACCACCAAGGAGCUGGCCAAGCGUCAGAGGCUUCCUAGCGUGGAGAACCGACCCAAAAUAUCUGCGUUCCUUCCAGCCAGGCAGCUCUGGAAGUGGUUUGGGAAUCCCACACAGAGACGCGGCAUGAAGGGAAAGGCAAAGAAACUCUUCUACAAGGCCAUCGUGCGUGGCCGAGAGAUGAUCCGGAUCGGAGAUUGCGCCGUGUUCCUGUCCGCCGGUCGGCCCAACCUGCCCUUCAUCGGCCGCAUCCAGAGCAUGUGGGAAUCCUGGGGCAACAACAUGGUGGUCCGGGUCAACUGGUUCUACCACCCAGAGGAGACCAACCCCGGCAAGAAACUCACCGACAAGAAGAACUGGGACCAGAUGUGUAGUCAGUCCCUACCUGCUGCGCUCCGCUCCUCCAUCCAGAGGAAAGACUUCGUGGAGCGCGCCCUCUACCAGUCGUCCCACAGCGACGAGAACGACGUGCAGACCAUCAGUCACAAGUGUCUGGUGGUGAGCGUGGAGGAGUACGAGCAGAUGAUCCACACCCGCCGCUACGCCGACAGCGAGGACCUCUACUACCUGGCCGGCACCUACGAGCCCACGACCGGCAUGAUCUUUAACACGGACGGAGUCCCGGUCAUCUGCUAGAGCAAGCUACUGAAAACAAACCGCGACCUCACCAGUGGACGACGCCCGACCUGUGGUCCAAUCACUGCUUUUCAUUUCCAGACCGUUUCCUCGCUUCAGAGAGACGACAGAGACACUACAGACGGACAGAAUUCAGCAAGGACCUGGUCUCCUGGAGCUACUGCACACACGCAAACACACACACACACCCAGCAUGUAUGCUCACACACGUGUAAAUACCACGGUUAUCUAGAGGAACAUACCAGUGUCUUGUUUUUACGCCGGAGUGUUUUUUCUUUCUUCUGUAAACAGUGGAGAAGCUUUAAUGAACUGUGAAUGACGACGACGUUCGUCACCUUCGUUAUUUCAGGACUGACGCCGGUCGAAGUGAUGUUGUGAUUUACGGUGUUGCCGUGGUGACGUUCCGGUCCUGUAGAAGUACGUACAGAACAGCAGGAAGCAACAGAGCGAUGCACAGAAGGAGAGAGGGGUAGCCUCGCUGUCCAACACAAAGCGCUUAAAACACUUCCUGUCCCACCCCCCACCCCACCCCCCUUUGACAAUCCUAACUCGGGCUAAUUGUCCCUGUGCUAAUAAAAUGCCCCCCCCACCCCCACCCCACACACACACACACACCACCAUGUAGACUCAGGCUGAGGAGAGCAGUAGGAAUGAAAGCACUUCUAAAGGAAAACACUAUGAGAGAAAAGCAUUUUACCCUCCACAGCUGCCGCCUUCCGGAAUGCUUUUUAUUGUUUUUCUCGUCUAGUAGCUUUCUACCCCCCCCCCCCCCCCCCCCCCCCCGCCGAUUGUAACGUGAUCUGUAGACAGUGUAGGAAUCACACAAAGUGUUUUAUUUUUUUACACCGGGGUCGUAAACGCCACAGGCGAUGGCGUUGGUAUUCCCCGCGCAGCUGUCGGCUCAGAUUAGGUCGUGAUUCUGUUUCCCGCCGCGCGGCCGGGUUUAGUCUGCGGCGACCUCCAGACGGCCCGUCGGCUGCCGCCUCUUUGUUCGUGUUUUGCUUUUUGGACGUUUAUCUUGGAUCACAGCCGCCGCUCACACACCAGUGCACUCUGACCGAGGAGACUCUGUUCCCGGCGGUCCUCGUGUUGAGUCUUCUGGAGGUAUUUACGUUACCCCCCCCCCCCCCCCCCCCCCCCACCACCACCACCACCUUCACCCCUCACACACCUGCAGCCACGUUUCUGCUGAACACACCGAGUCUCCGGGUGGUUUACUGCGUGCCUCGUAGAGUUUUCUUUCUUCUCUGUAAAUGUGCGUCGCCUUACGUUCCCGGACCUUAUGAGGGUGUUUUGCCAAAAUGUUGAUUUUGCUCUCCCUGAAUGUUUCCUGGCGAAGAAGAAAAUCCGCAUUCGCCCGUUCUCAGCCUUCUUUUUAUUGUUGUGUGUUUUAUUUCUAUACACACACACCAGCGUAUGGUACAGUGUGUGUAUCUCGUCUUUUCUUUGCUCUGCCUUGCUGCAGAGAUUGAACUGGUCUUGUUGAUAUUCAAUAGCUUUGAUAUUUUGACUCUUUUUGCUACGUCUGCCCAAUCGUUAUCGUUUACUUUCUGAGAUGGCCGCGUGACGUUUCGAGCUAAAGCUGACAAGCUAACCCGCUACAUAUCUGCUAACAUGUUGGUGAUCUAUUAAAUAUUUUUAUCUAUAAUCCAGAUAAAGUUAACAAUUUGCUGCUAAUCUGGGUUUAAACCAGGUAGAGUGACUUUAAUCCCCCCCCCCCCCCCCGCCC